AUGAGAGUGCUAAGAUUCAAGCACAUCUGUUCUGGAAACUUUGUUGAGUCCAAUAGAGCAUCCCAGACACUAUUCAUCUCCCUUCUGAUUCAAUGUUGCUUGACUCUGAAUUUCAGAGCACCUCCAGUUGUCCCGAAUGUGCCAUUCCUCUGGGCCUGGAAUGCUCCAACUGAAUUUUGCCUUGGGAGUUUUAAUGAGCCACUAGAUAUGAGUCUCUUCUCUUUAAUAGGAAGCCCUCGAAAAAAUGUCACAGGGCAAGGUGUUACAAUAUUUUAUGUUGAUAGGCUUGGCCUCUAUCCUUAUAUUGAUCCAGUGACAGGCGCAGAUGUGAAUGGAGGAAUCCCCCAGAAGGGGUCCUUGAAAAAUCAUUUGGACAAAGCUGAGAAAGACAUUUCUUAUUACAUUCCAACAGACAGUGUGGGCUUGGCUGUCAUUGACUGGGAAGAAUGGAGGCCCACUUGGGCAAGAAACUGGAAACCUAAAGAUGUUUACAGGAAUUGGUCAAUUGAGUUGGUUCAGCAGCAAAAUAUACAACUUAAUGUCACGGAGGCCACCGAGAUAGCCAAACAAGAUUUUGAAAAGGCAGCAAAGAGCUUCAUGCAAGAGACUUUAAAACUGGGAAAAUCACUUCGGCCAAAUCAGUUAUGGGGUUAUUAUCUUUUUCCUGAUUGUUAUAACCAUAAUUAUAAUAAACCUGAUUUCAAUGGAAGUUGCUAUGAUAUAGAAAAGAGAAGAAAUGAUGAUCUCAGCUGGUUAUGGAAAGAAAGCACUGCCCUUUACCCGUCCAUUUAUUUGAACACCAGACUGUCUCCUCUACAAGCUACGAUCUUUGCACGUAAUCGGGUUCAGGAAGCCAUUAGGGUUUCCGAAGUACCAGAUGCUAAAAAUCCACUUCCCAUUUUUGUGUAUACCCGCCUGGUUUAUACUGAUCAAACUUCAAAAUUCCUUUCUCAGGAUGACCUUGUGAAUACAUUUGGUGAAAGUGUUGCCCUGGGUGCCUCUGGAAUUGUAAUAUGGGGAAGCCUUAGUUUAGUGCGAAGUAUGAAAUCUUGCUUCAUCCUGGACAAUUACAUGAAGACUACAUUGAAUCCUUACAUAAUCAAUGUCACUCUGGCAGCCAAAAUGUGUAGCCAAGUGCUUUGCCAGGAGCAAGGAGUGUGUACAAGGAAACACUGGAAUUCAAGUGACUAUCUUCACCUGAACCCAAUGAGUUUUGAUAUUCAACUUGAGAAAAGUGGAAAGUACACAGUACGUGGAAAACCCACACUUGACGACCUGCAGCAAUUUUCUGAAAAAUUUUCCUGCAGCUGUUAUCCCAACUUGAGUUGUAAAAUGACAGCUGAUGUACAAGACUUUCAUGUUAUUGACGUGUGUGUUGCCGACAAUGUUUGUAUAGAGGCAUUUCUAAACUCAGCACCCAGUGAUCAGUCUUUAAUAUUGCCAGAAACUUCUACUUCCUACAGUGUUUCAUCCACCACACCAGCUUCAUCUGCCACAUCAACUGUUAGAAAGUACUUUGUUAAUAUUUUGUUUCUCACCAUGAGUUCUUCUAUAGUGAACUUAUAA